AUUUUUUUCUUUUGUACCCCAGGUGGUGAAAAGGAGAUGCACAAUACAAAUUCACAGAUGGAAAAAAAAUUUUGCGUAGUGGAGUUCCAGGACAAGGGUACUGCUGUCGUCCCAAGCUGCUGGCUCAAGGGUGACAAAUGUUCGUGGCCACCCUAUAAUUGUCAAAAGCUGCAAAAAUCUGUCCAACAGAUGGAGCAAUCCAGACAAGACUGGACUGUUUAUGACAAUGUGCGGUGUCUUGUAACAUGUGAUACCUAUGAAGUGGCUCACAGCCGCCUUAAAUUAGUUGAAGAAGGAUGCUGCACAUCUGAAUUGCAGUCAGAGGAGGAGACAGAAGAACCAAAAAAAAGGAAAAUGAGGACUAAUACUCGUUACAGUGAGUAUGUUGAUGAGGACCCUAGAGAGUCAAAAAAGAGACAAUUAGCCAAGCCCCCUCCAGUAAUGUUACCAGAGCUCUUCGGCAGAGGACCAGGACAGGUCCUUAAAUCAUUUCCACAUCAAAGCAGUUUGGGUUCAGUUCAAUUGUCUGAGCAGUGUUUUACUGACUUCCAAAGCAGCAGCAGCCCAGUGUACCAUACACUGCAAGUAACAGAAUAUGAAAGAAAUGGAGCAGAUCCGACAAGGCCAGACUCGAUGCAAGCCCUGAAAGACAUAGCAGUUGACAAGAUGAUGACCAUGUUGGUUAAUAUACGUGAGGAUAUAAAAGAAAAUAGAAAGGAGAUCCUUAAACUGCAGAAAGAUGUUGGAGAAAUAAAGGAAUGCAUUGGAACACAGUAUGAGAGUGUGGAAUCACCUGGUGCUGCUUUAUGUCUGCCCUUAAAGACUGUGGAGGAUUUUGAGGAGGCAGAAAGACACCUUCAGACUGAAUCAGUCCGUCGCAAAACCGUAUCCAAGUUUGCUGCUGUGGGUGGUGGAACACCAGAGACAACAAUACGCCGCAUUUUGCAGUCAUCACUGACAAACGAGUUGGCCUGUCACUUUAAUUGGGCUGGGAAAGGAUGUAAAAGGCCAUUCAAAGACACCCUUCUGAGAGACUGCAUAUUUGCUGCAGCCCGCCGUCAACAUCAAGAUUUAACAUUGAUGACAUUUGCAGAUGUCAUAAUGAAGUGGCUGCGCUAUGCUCCAGAAAGAGAAGGUGGCCUUCCCAGAAAGAAAAUGUAAAAAAAAAAAAUAUAUAUUGUAACAUUUUUUUCUAACUGCUUUAAGUUUUUUUUGUUGUUGUUUUUUUGUAACACACAACUAUGGCAUCACAUCAAUAUAAACAGUCGGGGGUACAAAAAUAACAGGUAAAAAAAAUUAACCAGCGUGUUUUUACAUUUUGGGUGUGUAAAUAAACUUCUCGUGAGCACAAAUGUGAAACUCGUGAGCAAAAAAAAGGGGGGAAUUGUGUGCACGCUGAACAGAAUAUUGUUCUCAAGCUUUAUUUUUCUCCUCUUGAGUGUUUUUUUCCUUUCGAAUUCACAGUUCUCCUCGGGUGCCAUUCAAAUUACCUGCAGCUGCAGUUUUCGCUUAAGUGAGUUUUUUUUGCACUGGAGUUUUGAAAGGGGUGGUUUUGACAGUUUGGGGGCGGGGUCAGGGUCGCCUCACUCAGCG